UGGUGAUGUAAUAAAGUAAAAGAGGAGUAAAAAAUGGCGGAGAACAGUGGCACGGAUCCUGCCGUGGACAGGAAUGCCGAAGAAAAUGCUGCCAGCAGCGGGACCAUUAUAAUGGUCACUGUCAAAACACCUAAAGAUAAGGAGGAAAUAGCGAUCUCGGAGGACGCUUCUGUCGCACAGUUCAAAGAAGAAAUCUCGAAAAGGUUCAAGGCAAAACAGGACCAGUUAGUCUUGAUUUUUGCCGGUAAAAUCCUGAAAGACGGCGACACGCUCACUCAGCAUGGCAUAAAGGAUGGCCUCACUGUUCACCUCGUCAUCAAAACCGCACAAAAGGCCACAGGCGGAGGUUCCACGGCCGCCUCGUCCAGCUCUGGUGCGUCGCAGGUGAGCAGCGGCACCACCUCCAUGACGAACACCAGUUCGGCCGGCAACCUGGGCACUUCACAGGGCAGCGGGCCAUCACCGACUCCCUCGCAGCCGGCCAACUUAUUCACUGGCUUUGGUGACUUGUCCAGUCUGGCCAACAUGGGCAUGGGCUCAGCCAACUUCAUGGAGCUUCAACAGCAGAUGCAGCGGCAGCUCAUGUCCAACCCCGAGAUGCUUUCGCAGAUCAUGGAGAACCCACUGGUUCAGAACAUGAUGUCCAACCCCGACUUGAUGAGGCAGAUGAUCAUGGCCAAUCCGCAGAUGCAGCAGCUGAUGGAGCGAAACCCAGAGAUUUCACACAUGCUUAAUAACCCUGAGCUGAUGAGACAGACAAUGGAGUUGGCAAGGAAUCCUGCCAUGAUGCAAGAGAUGAUGCGUAACCAGGACCGGGCGCUUAGCAACCUAGAGAGCAUCCCCGGGGGAUACAACGCUCUCCGGAGGAUGUACACAGACAUCCAGGAGCCUAUGUUUAGUGCCGCACGCGAGCAGUUUGGAAACAAUCCCUUCUCAGCCUUAGGUGGGAACACUGAUGGCUCGGGGGCCCAGCCCUCCAGAACGGAGAACAGAGAGCCACUGCCAAACCCAUGGGGACCGCCUGAGACCAGUUCUUCUGGGACUGCCACCACCAGCACCUCUACCACAACCUCCACCACCCCCAGUGUCUCCAACCCCCUAGGCAUCAACUCCACCAACCUGGGCUCCGGCAUAUUUAACAGCCCUGGCAUGCAGAGCCUGAUGCAGCAGAUCUCGGAAAAUCCUCAGCUAAUGCAGAACAUGCUCUCGGCUCCCUACAUGCGCAGCAUGAUGCAGUCUCUGGCACAGAACCCUGACGUCGCCUCACAGGUGUUGAUGAACAACCCUCUUUUUGCUGGAAACCCUCAACUGCAGGAGCAGAUGAGACAUCAGUUGCCAGUAUUUCUACAGCAGAUGCAGAACCCUGAAGCCCUCUCUGUGAUGACGAACCCACGAGCCAUGCAGGCUCUGAUGCAGAUUCAGCAAGGCCUACAGACCCUCCAGACCGAAGCUCCUGGACUCAUGCCCGGACUGAUUACCGGAGGUGUUCCCGGAGGUGUUCCCGGAGGUGUUCCCGGAGGUGUUCCCGGAGGUGUUCCCGGAGGUGUUCCCGGUGGUGUUCCCGGUGGUGUUCCCGGUGGUGUUCCUGGUGGAAUCCCCACUGGGAUCCCCACUGGGGUUAACGCGACUUCUUCGGAGAGUGCCCCACCCCCAAGCUCUGGCCAGGGCUCCACCCCUGCUGCUGGAACCAACUCCUCUCAACAACAGCUCAUGCAACAGAUGUUACAGAUGUUUGCCGGUGGGAGCGCAUCGACCCAGACUCCGGAGGUGCGUUUCCAGCAACAGCUUGAGCAGCUGAGUGCGAUGGGCUUCAUCAACAGAGAGGCCAACCUGCAGGCGCUCAUCGCCACGGGGGGAGACAUCAACGCCGCCAUCGAAAGACUGCUCGGCUCGCAGCCAUCUUAAUCCCUUUAGCACCUAAUCACAACCAGAGACAAGUCACAGUCACAAACACGGUCCCUCAUCACCUAACAUCUGACAGAUAGACUGAAUUCCAGUUGCUUCUUCCUUUAAUGCGGUUGAUCUGUGAAUCAUAGGAAAAUUGAGGUUCUUAAAUUUAUUUCCCUUAAAAACAAAGGAAAAUCCCAACAGAAUGACAUCAUUCUAACCCUCUCGUUCAUUUCUGACUGCGUCCAUUAAUAAAUACAACAGGGCAAUGCUGUGAACCGAGUGUAGGGUAUUCAUUCCUUUUAAUCGACACAUUCUCUCUCGAGGCACUACUUCUUCCUGUUUUUUUUGGGGAAGUCGAAAAACAUAAGGGUGAUCUCAAGUCAGAAGAAUGCUUUUGUCUUUCAUGAGGAUGGUCAGUUUCCCUAAUUAUUUUUUUUUUCUCCUACAUAUCACUCUCUCAAAUCAUGCCUGACUAAACAGGUGUUUAUUGCAGACACCUAGAGAUUACCCCUUUUACGCCCUUAUGGAUGUUUCAGGAUUCACAAUGCUUCUCGUUUGAUGUUAAUUAAAAUUUAAUAGAGGAGCUUGUCAGAUUCCUUGUCUGAGCGUUAUAACGGCCUCACGCAGACGAUCGCUUACUCUUCAGCUGUUUAGAGGGAGAAUUAAACUUUUUUUUUCUUCCUUCUGAAGGUUGUGAGAAAUCCAGUCAUCUCAUAGUCUUCUUUGCCUUUUAGAAGCAGUCUGAUUGAUUGAAUUGAUGGUUUAAAAGAACACACGCUUGUGGUUUACGGGAUACGGUUGUAAUAAGGCAUCAAUAAAAAGAAAGCUAUUUCUCAGCUUAAAAGCCACGCUGAAAGCAGACACCAUUUGUUUUGACCAUAUCUUUAUGCUUUUGAAAUAGUGCUCUAGUGUGUGGAGAAAAAAUUUUUUUUUUUAAAAAGACCCGCAUUGUGUUCUGGAUACAUCAUCUUAGAGUUGAUGUAGUGAGCAAGCCUGGUAACAGCAUGAACGUGAUGCUUUCCUGUGCACCGAGCUCAGUUCUAAUCAUCCUGAGUCUAAUGGAACUAACAGUUGAGUUUUUGAUGUGAAUUAAAAUGUGUUCAACUUUUGCUUUUUUUUUUUUUUUUUUUUUUGGCGCUGCUGCACAUUCAUAAUCCACUCUUUCAUCUUAUUGAUUAAUUACAUUGCAAUAAUCUGAACUCUUACUUGAGUUGGUAUGUUUCUUUUAAAAAAGAAAAAAGCAGAUUUUUAAAAAAGUGACAUCGGUUCUAAUUUAAAUGCAUUUUAAGGGCUAUUGCUGGGCAAUGAGGGGGGUCUGAGGUACUUGAAAUUUUCAGGAUCUAUGUAUUUAGUUUUUGCUUUCAAAGUAUUAUAAAACUAAUUACACACAAA